AUGGGCCAGGACAGCCGGACCCAAAUGUACAACUCAGGGAUGAACAUCAGCUCUGCGAUGGCACCACAGUCUCCAGGACACAGUGGAACUCCACCACUGUCCUCUCUGUCUCCUAAGAAGACCACCUUUCAGUCCUUGGGAUCUCUGUCAUCAGGAGUGUUUUCACCGUCUCCGGCUAAAGCCUCCACUCAUCAGGCAAACCCUGGGUCCAGCCGACUGAAUUCCCCCACUCCAUCUAUUAUGAGCUCCCCAAAACUUUGGCAGAAAGCAUCCGUUUCCCGACUCGCAGAGGAAUUCUUCUGGAUUGGUGGAAGUGUGGUUGCACAGCCAAAAUGGAGACUGGGUCAGAUAGUGGAGAGAUAUAUGUGCACCAUGCAAACUGGCACUCAGUUAACCAAAAUGAAGGGGAAGAAGAAAGGACUGGUGCGCUUCUUUUACCUGGACGAGCACAAGUCCUGCAUCCGCUGGCGACCCUCCAGAAAACAUGACAAGGCCAAAAUAACUAUUGAUUCCAUUCGUGAGGUGUGCGAGGGGAAAAAGUCAGAGGUCUUCAGGCGUUACGCAGACAACCGUUUCGACCCAAACUGCUGCUUCAGUAUUUACUACGGGGACCGCGUGAAGUCCCUGGACCUGGUCUCCACCAACGCGGAGGAGACCCGCACUUGGAUCACUGGGCUGAAAUACCUCAUGGCUGGUAUCAGUGAUGAAGAUAGUUUGGCUAGGAGGCAGCGCACCCGUGAUCAGUGGUUACAGCAGACUUUCUCUGAGGCAGAUAAAAAUGGAGAUGGGACCCUGAGCAUCGGAGAAGUUCACCAGCUGCUCCACAAGCUCAAUGUGAAUUUACCCAAGCAGAAAGUCAGGGAGAUGUUUCAGGAAGCAGACACGGACGAGAACCAGGGCUCUCUCGGCUUUGAUGAAUUUUGUUCAUUCUACAAGAUGAUUUCCACACGUAGAGACCUCUACCUGAUUCUGAUCUCCUACAGCAAUCAGAAAGAAGUCCUGGACCUCCAUGACCUUGCACGCUUUCUGGAAAAUGAACAGAAGAUGCGAGGCCUGAACAGAGAGCAUCUAGUGGACAUAGUGGCCAAGUUUGAGCCGUGUCCUGAGAACCUCCAGCGUAUGGUACUGGGUAUUGAUGGUUUCACCAACUACAUGCGGAGUCCUGCAGGCGAUAUCUUCAACCCCGAGCACAAUCAGGUAAACCAGGACAUGACGCAGCCUCUAACCAGCUACUUCAUUGCCACAUCUCACAACACCUACCUGACAGGAGACCAGCUGCUCUCUCAGUCUAGAGUGGAAAUGUAUGCCUACGUCCUGCAGGCAGGCUGUCGCUGUGUGGAGGUGGACUGCUGGGAUGGACCAGAUGGAGAGCCCAUUGUCCAUCAUGGUUACACCUUGACAUCCAAAAUUCUCUUCAAAGAUGUAAUUGAAACAAUAAACAAAUAUGCCUUCACAAAAUCACAGUAUCCCGUGAUCCUGUCCAUAGAGAACCACUGCACUGUGCCUCAGCAGAAAAAGAUGGCUAAAUAUCUGAGAGAGGUGCUGCAGGACAAACUGGAUCUGAGCAAUGUCAGCGUGCAUGAAUGCAAAAAGCUGCCAUCCCCUGAGAUCCUGAAAGGAAAGAUUUUGGUCAAGGGGAAGAAGCUGCCAGCAAACCUUGAUCCUGACGUGGAGGAGGGUGAUGUGUCUGAUGAAGACACUGGAAAUGAGGAAGAAGAGGAUGAUGAUGACGAUGAUAACCCACAGAGAAAAAAGAGAAUACGAGUGAAAAACAAGGCCGUGUCUGAUGGUGAAUCAGACUACAGCAGCAGCAGGGAGAGGACACAAAUUGUUUACCAUCCCAAAAAAAGGAAAACAAUGAGGCUCUCCCGAGCUCUUUCUGAUCUGGUCAAGUACACAAAAUCUGUCCGUGUGCAUGACAUAGAAACACAAGCAUUCAUGAGCAGUUGGCAGGUAUCGUCCCUGGAUGAGACAGUAAUGAACCAGAUCUUACAGCUUAAACCGGGUGAGCUGGUGCGUUUCAACCAGCGCCAGCUUCUCAGAGUCUACCCGUCCAACUACAGAGUGGACUCAAGCAACUUCAACCCACAACCAUACUGGAACUCAGGAUGCCAUAUGGUUGCCAUGAAUUAUCAAACAGAAGGUCGCAUGCUCGAACUGAACCAAGCGAAGUUCUCGAGCAAUGGAAACUGUGGAUAUAUUCUGAAGCCCAAGUGCAUGUGUAAAGGUGCCUUUAACCCAGUGUUGGAGGAGCCCCUGCCAGGACACAGAAAAACUCAGUUAGUGCUGAAGAUCAUUAGUGGACAGCAACUUCCCAAACCCAAAGACUCCAUGUUUGGGGACAGAGGAGAGAUAAUUGAUCCCUUUGUUGAAGUCGAGAUCAUCGGCCUACCUGUUGACUGCUCCAAGCAGCAGACUAGAGUAGUGCAUGAUAACGGUUUCAACCCAAUGUGGGAGGAAACCCUCGUCUUCAACAUUCAAAUGCCUCAGAUCGCCCUGGUGCGAUUCCAGGUGUGGGAUCACGAUCCCAUUGGAAGAGACUUCAUUGGACAGAGGACUGUUGCUUUCACCAGCAUGAUGCCAGGUUACCGCCAUGUCUACCUGGAGGAAAUGGCAGAAUCAUCGAUCUUUGUUCAUGUCGCUAUUAUUGACAUGGCAGGAAAGAUCAAACCAGCAAAUGCUGUGCAAGCAGCAAGGAAACACAUCCAAAAAGCAGCCCAGAAGCAUAUGAAGGGCCAUCAGAGGCAGCCAUCUCUAGAUUUUUCUGUCCAGUCUUCAGAAGAUGGACGCGCUUUGUACUUCCGCAAGGAUCCGGACACCAUCUCUCAGGACAGCAGAAGUGGGGAAACAUCUUAUCUGGUUCAAGGGCCCGCAGCCAAGGCUUCCAUCCACAAAGGGGCCAUGAGUGAACCUGUCAGGCGAGCUCACAGAGUUAAAAUUCUUGAACCACAAGAGACAAAGAGAGGGAUCUUUAGCCGGAUGUCUUCCACUGACUCCCAGCACACUGGGGUUGCUCCCUGCGUGAUAGCUGAAAGCUUUGACCUUGAGACCUCUUCCCAGACUUCUUCUCCUGACAGUCAAAAUCCAGACAGCCAAAAUCCAAUAAUUCAAGAGGAGCUGGAAAAUGACCCCAGUGAAUUACAACAGUCCAACUGUGCUGAGCAGCAGAUAGAGUCAGAGCAGCCUGAACCACCUGAGGAAUUACCACCAGAAUCAAAACCAGGCAAUGACAUUGUCACAGAGUCUGAGCCACUGCCAGAAGCUCAGAGUCAGACCGACACAGUCCCUCAGCCUCCGCUCGUGCCACAGUCAGAAGCCAAACCUUCUCCACUUGUCCCUCCAUCAUCCCCUGCAAGGGUUAGACGGACUUUAGAAGCUCCCGUGACCCCCUGGCAUUCCACCCCAAUAAGGACAAAGGGCCGCUCACGCAGUUGCCCUCGAAAGCAGAGUACCUCUGCUCAGACACCGAUGCUGAACCGAAAGCCUACUUUCCACUGUCAGACGCGCGGAGCUCAAAACUACGGCAGCUACGGCAACCCAGUGAGACGCAUACCCAACGGUCUCUGCCUGUUGGACACAACGUCCAGCAGCAGCAGCGACAGCAGCACUGACAGCCUGGACUUUGUGCCCCCCCCCUCAUCAGCUGGGUCAGAGCAACACGAAGGGACACUGCAGAGAGAGAUGAAGGCGCUCUUUGACCAGAAGAUGAGAGAGAUCCGCUGUAAAUCACCGCUUUUUCUAGAUGAUUUGUGACAGGAAGAGACCAAGGUCCUCCUGAAAAGAAAAAAGGAUCAACAACGAGAAAGAAGAGGAAUGAUGGUGAUGGUGGUGUGCCAGU